AUGGUGCGAGCAGUGCCGAUCUCACCGAUCGCUUCCUACACAAUCGUGCCGCUGAGCAGUCCGUGGCCGCCUGAAAACAUUCGGACACCAGGUCCUACUCCUUCUAAUCACAAAGUCGUGCUUGCCGUCGCAGUUCUUGUCACAAUUCUGCUCACGACCAUCGGAAACGCCUUGGUCUGCCUCGCCGUUCUGCUCGUCCGGAAGUUGAAACAACCCCAGAACUUUCUGAUCGUCUCUCUGGCCGUGGCUGACUUCUUCGUCGGCCUCGUCGUCAUGCCACUCGCCCUCGUUGACCUUCUUUUCGACGAAUGGCCUAUUGGCAGGUUUGUUUCUCAUCAAAAUAGCGAUAUAAAAGUCAAUCGAUACACCGAAACUUUUUAUUGACGAGUUUUCGAAUUGUUUGGGAAAAACUCUUUUAUGCAUCAUUUAUGCACCGAUACGCCUCCAGAAACCUUGUUUUGCAUUUUUUUUUCAAUGCAGUUUUGUUUUCAGCGUGCGGGACUGUGUACAGCAGUCUUUAAAUACACUUCAAAAUAACGUAUCGUAUAAUUUUUUUUUGAAUGAACUGGUCUCAUUUCAGAAUUUCUCUCUCCAGUCCCACAUAAAACGCUUUUUCUCCAUUGUUAAAAAAAGAAAAAGAAAACGACAAUAGACAAUAAAUUGGAAUUUUUUCUGGAAAUUAUGUAAGAAUGGAGGUCUGAGACCAUUAUUCGAAAGAAAAAAAUAUUCUUUUCUCGGAGGCGAAAUUGUUUUUCUGAAAGUUUCUCAGAGACCAUUUGGAGGCAGUUCACAAACGCCCUUUAUUUUAUACGAGUUCAUGAGAACUAUUUUUUGUUUCUGCUGUAGAAGAUAUUCUACGAAUUAGAAACGAGAAAAACGUUGUUUUACACAUUUCAGAGAAGCAUAUUUUUAGAGUUUCUCGCAAAAAGCUGGAAAAAAAAAAGAAAAAAGCACAACACACAAACAAAAGGUCGAGCUUGAGAGUGCCGAGUUUCUGAAUAAAUUUUAUGAAAACAACCGAAUCUGGAAGUUUGAAACUUUGAGAUAGCGAUUUCCUGUAGUUCUUGCAAAUUCGGGAUUGUGUGUCUUCAACACAAAGUUUUCCCAUAUUCAAAAGCAAUAAAAGCUAUUUUCAGCUUUAUGUGCUCGUUCUACACGACGGCAGACCUGACGCUGUGCACAGCGUCAAUCGUAAACCUGUGUGCGAUUUCCGUCGACCGCUAUUUGGUCAUCUCCCGUCCGCUGAGAUACUCGGCUCAGCGGACCACCAAGCGGAUGUUGGUGUACAUCCUGGCAGUUUGGGUCGUCGCCGCCGUCGUCAGCUUCUCGUCGCACAUCAUCGCCAAUCUUCUGUACGACGAGAAGGAUUCGAUCGGCGUCACGACUUGCCAAGUUGGUUGUUUUUCGUUAACUUCAUUCAUCUCUUUGAUUCGAUUCUUUAUUCACAAUAACAACUAAGGACGUGAAGUCAACAAAAUUUUGCUUGGACUAGGUCCAAUAUUUUUUGAUGAGUUGUGUGUAAACCCCAUGAAAUGGAAAAGAAGAAAGAUUUAAGCCUUGAAAGUCGCAGAAUCUAUGAAAAUUUGGUUUUUCUUUUAAAAAUCGUUGCUGGGAAUUUUUUUCUCCAGUAAUUUUUUUUUUAGAAUUAUUUUUCUUUUCCAAUAAUAUUUCAACUUUGAAACUCUGGAACUGAGUUUAGGACUAAAUCAACUACAGAGUCUUCUUAACUUCUUUUUUUUGCAUCGACCGUGUAGAGAAAUCCAUUGAACAACAUCUCAAGCCGAAACCUAAGCCCGAACAUCACCCAAACGUCUUUUACUUGAAGAAAAAGUAACAUCUAACCGAUUUCCUAGUUACGUCACUCGGAAAACCUAAGUUUUGCUUGCAUCAGGGUCGAAACUCCAAUUCUGGUGCUGCCUUUGAGCCUUUGACCGAAUCUAGCAAUUGCCUUUCAAUUUGCCCGUUUCAAUUGUCGUAGAGUUUUUGCUGUACACAACAAAAGCGCCAGAUGCCGUAGUUCGCCAGGGAAAUGAGGCGUUAAAGAUGGUCUGUGAAUUUCGAGACCAGAGAUCAACGGGACAUGAUUCCUCUUCUACCGAGAAUAGUAUGAAUGUGGGAAAAGCAUGUUUUUGGAGCCCUAAGAAAAAAUACCAGCCGAAACUGCGUGCUUCAUGACGAUUUUUGUUUUGCGAAAAUAACUUUUUUCAUUUGUUUUCCUCUCAUUAUUAACUCUUUUUUUGCGCGGUUCGUGUAUCAGCUCACUUUCAAAACUUCUGUUCCCAUUUCACUUCAUUUUUAUUUUCUCUUCACCGCCACCAAAGCACCGGUCGUGCAAUUAUUUUUGCGUGCUUACGGACGUUUGCCAGAAGAAAUCGUUUUUGCUUUGAACGAUGUAAUAAGUGCGGCGCGUCACGCGCAAAACUUUUCAAUCGCUGCUGUCCUUCAAAUGAAGUAUUCUUGGGAUUCCCGAGCUUUUUAUAGGCUUUCGCCACUUUACUGGGAACGUCGCCAAAAAGAAAACGGAAGACUGAAUCCUAAAAAAAAAGUUAAAACAUCAUUUAUUCAUCUUUGAAUUAAGUGACAUUAUGACAAAAAAAACAAAAAAAGCUUUUACAUAGAUCUCUAAAAGAUGCGUAAUGAUGUCUCUUAACAAAGGUUACAGAGUUAUUCAUGCGUGAAAUCUUUCGAAAAAAAUAUCAAAAAAACAGGCUCAGAGAUAUUUGUUUUUCAUUUUGUUGAAAAAAAUUAUUACUAAUCAAACUAACGGAAUGAAGAUAAGCUGGUUCCUUUUUGAAAAGAUCUCAAAAAAUUUUAACUGGGGGAACAUUUCAAUUCCUAAGAUCAUGAAAGACGAAAAUAAAGCCAGCUUUUUUGCAUUUUACAAACUUCCGAGACUUGAAACUAUAUGUGAGAGAAGCUGUCCAAAGAGAUUAACUACAAAUUAUUCGAAACACGGAGAACACUACAAUCGGGAGCAGGAAAUUGUGCAUUAAUCUCGCUAACUCACGGCAUGUUUUUCAUACCAACCGAAUCGAAACCAAACGCAGAAAAGGCCUCUACCUCAUCUGCCGUAAGUGGGUGUGUUCUUCAGGCCUUUGAAAUUUUUUUUUGCUGUGCUCAGAGAUCUUCUCGAAUUGGGCGUCUAUUUUACUGCUGGGAAGGGCAUAAAUCAACGCGUUGUUCCGUAUUCGUUCACUACAGCGCUCAAAGCCAUAUGGGGGCUUUUUUGGUCUCAAAUUGCGCUACUUACUUUUUUCAGGCUUUCUUAGGAAUGAAGAAUAAAAGGUCCGAUUGAUUCCUGGCCAAUUGCAGCUCUUACUAACAAUGGAACGCAUUUUUUGAAUUGACUUCUUGUUGAUUCGAAAAUAAGAUUUUCAUUUCGAAAUUCAUUACAUUCGGUUUUUCUUUAGCGAAAAACACUCAGCUGUUUUUCAUCCGCUUUUUCCCAUCAAGAGACUUCACCCAAAGUCGGAAAGACGUCUGGAAGAGUUUAGACAAAAACAAACAUAUGCAACACACUCCUUAUGUGAACGCGACGUUUCAUUUCGAAACGUGAUAGCCUGGAGGCCAGGGGGCUUGAAGAAAUUUCGGCUUCUUGAAAACGUCCAGCGGAAAUCGGCGUCAACGAAUUGGAAGACGCCAAAGUCGCCCGAUUUUCUUCCUCCUAGUUCUACGGGACACAAACAUAUGAGAAUAUGAGCUUGUACACAGGACCUUUUCUAAAGGUGUAUUAUCGGCUUUUGAAUAAAGAUAGCAUAUUUCGAAAACGGGGAGUUUAUCCUUAUUAACAUUGAACUUCCGAUUUGAGGUGGUUAAAGAGCGAAUCGGUUCAACGAUUUUUCUAGGUAUCUAACUGUUGAAAAUGAUCUAAUUUACUAUUUGAAAACAUUCAAAAAACAAGCUCAAAAAUUAAGACCAAAAUGAAAUUAGCGGGACUUUAAUAUUUUUACUACUGAGGCGUCACUCUAUCUACCCUUCAAGAAGCUUCAUUUGAACGCUGUGAACCUCAUAGACCUGAUUCCUUGCGACGGAUUUCUGAUUCCCGAACUUUUUUCAAACUCCGAAACCGCCCAAAGCAAAAAUACGAAAGUGUAAGAAAGUGAUGAAAAAUCUUUUACAUGAACCAUAUUUCUUGACGGACGCUGUAACUUUCUCUUCCCAAACACCCAGACACCUGAGAAGCCGAGCAAUAAAUUUGGCUAUCAUCACUUUUUUCUUUUUUUUUUUUACUGAGUUAGCAGUUGACCUAACGUCAGCACCAGUAAACGGAUUCUAGGCGACAGGGAUUUAUUUUCAAAGUUGUGAGCAGCUGGCCGAGCAGGACGAUACAUGUGCUCAAUGUGUCACGUUGAAAUGAGAACGGCCUAAAACGCUGACUUUGUGUCUCGCAGUACACCUUUGUGUUUCUUCGGCGGGAAAAAAACUGCGGCCUAAAUGCAGAUUUAAGCCUUUUCCUAUUUUUUGCUAUCGGAAUUAAAUUUUUCGAAAUUCUCUAGUUCCGCUUCAAAAGGAAAUAUGGGAGUUUACCGAAAGCUUUAUGUGUCCACCAUCUCUGUGGAUACGAUAACAGAGGGCUUAGUAAGAAGUGAAAAACAUAUCAAAGUUUUGAAAGAAUGAGUUAUUUUUUCAAAACAAGCCAGAAAAAAAAACAAAAGCAUCUCAAACUGAAGAACUCUUAGAAACGUUUCAACGGCCGGCUGGUGUAACUGGAUACCACGGAACAUCGCAUAAGUUUUUCUCUUCAUUUCAUUUUUGCCUCGAAAGUUGAAGCAAAAAAAGCUUUGUCAAAUCAUUCAUCAUAGAAAUUAAAUGUGAUGCUCAAAUUACAAUCGAUCAGAGUAAAUAUUUGCUGAAAACUUAUUCUAUUCAAUAAGUUUAUUGCCCACAACAAAAGUGCGAAAGCUAGCAGUCCUUUUGCAAAAAAAAAAGAAACUUCCAGGUUUCAUGAGGAAUUACGCAGGAGUCGUUCGAAAUUUCAAAAAAGAUGAUUGCUCAAAAACAGGGAAGUCCGGCUGUUUGAAGAAAAAGAAGUUAUGGCGCAAUAAAGAGGGCAAAACGUCCGCACGGAUUAUUAUCCUUUCUGCGGGCUCUUUGACCGAAACUCCUUUGGACGAUUUCGGUUUUUUUGGUGGAUUAGUGAGAAAUAAUGAUACAGUAUGUAUUCAAAUAAUCUAUUUAGGCCGGCUCGAGAUGAGAUUCCAUGACGUUUGGCAAAGAAUUAUGCAAAAAAGAAAUGUUUUGAAGCUUUCGAAGAACUUUUCGAUUCAAGCUAGAGGCGGAUGGACUAUGACUCAAAAAAAAAAAUGGAGAAAACCAUUUAGUUGUGUUUGAUAACCCGAGUUGUACUGAGAGAGCUUUUCUGGUUUAUGCUUCUAAAUUUCUUUCUUUUUCAGGUGGUACCUCACUUCAUCUACCAGAUCUACGCAACAAUCAUUGCCUUCUACGGACCGACCUUGAUCAUGGUCAUUCUAAACAUCAAAAUUUGGCGAGCCGCCAAAAGACUGGCCAAACAAGACAGAAUCCUCUCACAUUGCAAUUCUGUGGAAGUUGACCGACCGACGAACAACAACACAAGUCAAACUGAGCAUUCUGAUUUACUACCAGAAAAAGAACCGCAAGCGCCGACGAUAACCAAAGAAAGAGCCAAUUCCACAAAUUCUCGGCUGUUCAAACUCGAGCGGAAGUAUCUUCAUCGGCCAAGCCAGUUUUUCAACGCCAUGAAAGGACCGUUGGUCAGUUCAAUUUUACUGUCUAACCGGGUUUAGUCGUAAUGUUCUCUCCUGGAAUUGUGUUAGGCUAGAAAACUCAAAUCUCAGUAUAUUUGUGUCGUCCCAACCAGAUCUUUCUCCCAACUUCGACAAAACAAAAGCUUUUUUUUUUUGAAAUUUCAGAAGGUCUUAGAUGAAUUAUGAGUUGGAAGCUGCGAUUACUCAAUCUCUUUAAUGUUUUUUGAGAUGAAGCUUUUUUCGUUAAUUUUUUGAUGGAAACGGACUAAUUUUUGAACAAUUAUUUUUUUGAAAUUUUCUAAGAAAGCUUCUGAAGCCAGUCCGCGAAAACGCAUCCAGACUCAAUUCAUAAGCCUCCCUAUGAGAAUACACCUUUUUCUGUCGCUUGUCUACCUUUAAUUCUCAUUACUAGCGUAAAAACGCUUGCAUUUUCAAUGAUAUUACUCUCGAUAAUGAAAAAAUCUUUGACCAAAUUGGAAAAAUUGGGUCAAAAAUUGGAAGAACUGAAAGUUUUCCAGUAGAUUUGAGUUGCGCCGCAUAAUCGAGCUGUUCAUCUCGAUCAGCUGCUGGGGGAAAAGCUACCCCAUAAAACUUUUUUUGUGCGUAGUAGCGCGGAGGAGCACAUAAACCAGUCUCUCUGCAUGAAAUCUGACUUGGGGGCCAACUUUUGUCAAAGAGGAUUCAAUUCGACUUUUGCUAUAGAGAACUUGCCAGAUGCGUGAAAAAUUGUCAAGCGGGGUUAUGAAUAAAAGUUGACACAAGCUGAAUGUUAGAGUUUUUUUAAAUUUUUGAAAAAAAUAAAGUUCCUGAUGGUUUUUUCUUUCACAAAGAAAGUCAUUUUUCUUUUUUUUCCAAAGUUUUUUUCGAAAUAUUGCGAAACUCUCCGGUGGAAUAGAUUUUUUUCACAAUCGAAAUUCUCGAACUUUUUAUCACAAAAAAAAAGCAGGAAAUAUUUGAAUUUUCUUACUGAAUCAUUGACUUUUCUUCAUGCGUUUAUCUCUGAAAAUGGAAAGUUUUGAUAAAAUUAAGGUUUCGCUACUUGUCUGUAAAAGUUUUGUGCAACGAUUUUCAAAAAUUUCCUGAAAGAAGCAAGAAAAAUGUGUCGAUUUUUUGUUUCUUAUUUUGAUUGAAACGGUUCAUUUUUCUAUUAUUAGUUAGAACCGUCUUUUGACUCACUUCCGUAUAUUCCAUUCACAGAAACACCAAACGUCAUUGUUUGAACUGGUUCCGUUUAUUUUUAGAACUAAAACGCCGCUCUCACCAGAUGUUCACGGCGAGCUCAAAAUCCAGAGAGACCCAGCCCAACAAAAAGCAUUUUUUCUGAGUAAAAUACAAUUUUUUAAGGAUUGGAGAGGGAUGGGAGCGCCCUAAAUGCGUUUUCAAAUGCUCUCAAAGCACGAGAAGUGCUGCAUUUAACCGACGUAAUAUAUGUAUUUCGUAGGGGCUGAAAUUUCCAAUUUGAGCUCAUAACGUGGAUGUUUCUAGGAAAAUGCUCUGGUCUAUCAAAAGAAAAGGAAAAAGAAUAUUUCGAUAUUUUUCCGUCUCCUCAAGUUUUUUCCUGUUUUGCGUAAAGGACAAUAUGGAAAAUUAACAAAUACUUAUCAAGUUAAUGAAGAAACUAAAUAAGUUUUCACAUAAAUAUUUAUGCUACUAAUAAAGUUAAACUUUCAUAUUUAAUUGAAAGUUUGGAAAAAGGGGAUAAAGCUGUUCCGGGCCACUUUUUUAUAGCAACUUUGCUUUACAGUUUCAGGUCCGUCACAACGAAAAAAGCGAGUGCAAAGCUCGAAAAACGCUAGGAGUCAUCAUGAGUGUGUUCAUUAUCUGUUGGCUUCCAUUUUUCUUCUUAGCCAUCUUAAAAUCUUGUCUGGACGUGCAAGUACCGUAUUGGCUGGACACUUUGACCCUCUGGCUCGGAUAUUCCAACAGGUUGAUCUGCGAUAGCGGCCGCAAUCUUUCCAUUUCUUUCAGUACAUUAAAUCCGAUGAUCUACUGUAAGUACAACAAAGAGUUCCGCGUGCCUUUUCGAGAAAUGUUGGCCUGUCGCUGUUCAACACUUCAGUCGGUUAUGAGGCAGCAAAGCUUCACCAGUCGGUAUGGUCCGACAGUGUGAGUUUUCUGCUUUUUUUUAUAACUUUGACCUCUCUGUUUCCUUUAUAUUUAUUUCAGGAAAGAAAAAAGUCCAUGAAAACAACAGGAGCAAACAAAAAAGAUAAUCAAAAAUUCAAAAAACUUCAAGUACUUAUGAAAAUUAAAGCUCAAAGUUCACAACUUGUGUCUAGUAUGUUUUUCGAGUCUACAAUUUAAAUAACACUCUGUACAAGGAUUCAUUAAUGGGAAUUCUGAAGGACAAUUGAGGUAAAGAAAAAAAUAUGGUUUUUUUCUGUUCGAUCUUCUUUCCAGCUCAGAGGCAUUUUUCAAAAAGGCCUUUUUUUCCAAAACAAAUUUUUUUCCCAAUUUUUUUGUUUUUUUGUUAAAGAUAAUAUAAUAAUCAUUUUAAUUUUUGUAUGUUACUGCCGGAAUUAGGGGAAUUUCGACGUCUUUGAUGCGCCAAAAACAUGAAGGAAAGACAAAAUCUUGAAAAAAAUUCCCCGGAAUGGAAUCAUAGUAUAUGUCAGCAGCAAGUUCUUAUAGUUCUAUGAUCCCACUUUAUAUGAACUUAAAAAUUGUUCUAUACAAUUUCACAUCUGGUAAAGUAUUUUCUAUGUUUUUUUGCUCAUGGUUACAAAAACUUCGGCGAAAUCAAAGAGAGAGGAGUCAAAAAAAAAAGUAAUGAAGAGCGUUAAAGCGAGCCGUCGCGACGGGUCUAUGUGAUUCCGACGGAGACCGACACUAGGGAGUCUUACGCGUAGAAAUGAAAGGUGGAUUUGAGCCUUGUUUUUGAACGGGCUUUUGCAGACGUGAGCGCACGCAGUCAUCAAGCUAUCGUCCGCUUCUGUGAGUCCGAGUGACCGAGUCCCCUUUACAUACUACCAACAAACAAAAACAAAAUCUGGGAAAUGCUUCAAAUGGGAUAAAAAGAAAAUGCAAAAAGUUCGUGAAAAUUCAGUUCAAGACUUUCAACUGAACAAUUUUGUUUUAAGGAAAAUAGUUCAAUUUUUUUCCAACUACAAAAACUUUGGCCUCAGUCUACCUGGUCUUCAUAUAUUACAAGAAUAAAACACAUACAAACUUCGAAAGAGAUUGAAAUAGUUUUUUGUGCAUUAGACAGAUUCUGAUCUUAUUUUUUUUCACAUGUUUGUGUAGAGUGCAAUCUUUUCCCAUCUCAGGAUCUGUUUUGAAGCAAGCAUGACAAAGAACAUUAUUUUAAAAAGGUUCCAAAUUUUCUUUCAGAUUUUUUCACAUUUGAAGCUUUUUCUUUCGCACGAUAUUUUCCAUAACUCCUUUUCUAAUUUUUUUUUUGUCCAUUUUCAAUUUUUACUUUGAAGUGUCGUGUUUUUAAUAAUUUUUUCCAACUCACCUCAACUUUCAACCUCGAAACUGUUUCUAUCACUAAUUUCUAUAAUCUCCUUCAAACACCAUUUAAAAAACUAUGCGGUAGGUAGCAUUCUUUGGGGAAAACCGAUUUAUCAUUUUCGGCCGCAUAAGCCGUUAAAUCAAAACGAAAGGAAAAAGUCAACAUUUUUUGAGCCGUUUUUUGGGCUCGGGAAAUGUUUUAGAACGUCCAGUAAAACAAUUUUCCAAGCGGCUCCUUGGAGAGAUGAAAACGUUUUGACAAAUGGCUCUUCCUUUAGGUUUAUUCAGCCUUGUGGAAUAAAAAAACAGUUGGCUGGUUUCGCGAAAAGAGAAUGAGAAAGGUUUUUCGUUCAAGGGACCAUUAGUUAUCGGGAAGACAAUUUAUGCGCGGAGCACUUUCAGUUUUUAAUGACCAUAAAACUCUGCCUGCCGUGUGCCAGCGUGUGCUGUGUGAAUGCCUUUCGCUUGGUUAUUUAGAUUGUAUUCAAUCGCAGUUUUGGAAUUCCAGACCACGGCGCAACGACAGCCACGCCGAGGCUUCUGAUGUCUGA